UGAUCAUCUCGGUCCCUUUUACUUCGUAGACAACAUUACUACCUAAAACACUAUCAUACAACUUUUAUUAGAAUAAUUUGGUGAAUAAUAUAAAAAACAUUAUGAGUACUGUAGGUCAGCCGAACGAGGUGCUCCCGGACUUACCUCUACCAGAAGGUAUCGUCGAGGACUACGUCGACUGCUCCACAUCGUGCGGUCUUAAAUGGCAUAUCCUAAAGGCCGGCGAGCCCGGAAAGCCUCUGGUACUCUUCUGCCACGGAUACCCGGAGCUCGCGUACUCAUGGCGCAAAGUGCUACCCGCAAUCGCUGAAGCGGGAUACUUUUGCGUCGCCAUGGACCAACGCGGUUAUGGGCGAACCACGGGGUGGCCGCUAAAACAGCCCUUCGAAGCGGUCGACCUUAAUGACUACGUCUUCACGAAUCUAGUGCGCGACCUGGUGUGUCUGGUAUAUGGGCUGGGGUAUAAACAGGUGUACAGCAUCGUUGGCCACGACUUCGGCAGCGUAAGCUCCGCCAUGGCCGCACUCAUGCGUCCAGACAUGUUUCUUUCCACCAUUCAAAUGAGCCAUCCGCACCACCGACCCGCGGAACCUAUCUCUCCCCAAGAAAAGGGGGAAGAGAAGAAAGUAGACAUCCAGGCCGAGCUGGCGAAACUUGACCCGCCCCGGAAGCACUACAAGUGGUACAACUCGAGCCCGAACGCCGCCCAGGACUGGGAGAACCCAUCCCAAGGCCUCGAAACAUUCCUCCGGGGAUAUUUCCAUCUAAAGUCGGCAGAUUGGGACGCCAACAAGCCGCAACCCCUGACGAAGUGGGGCGCUGAGGAACUGGCACAAAUGCCCGAGUAUUAUAUCAUGCGAGCAGAGCACUCGAUGCCCGAGACGGUGGCUUCCAACAUGGCGGGCGAGGACUAUUCCAAGACGGAGCGGUGGCUCUCGCGGGACGACCUGCAGGUGUAUUGCAACGAGUGGGCGCGGACGGGCUUCCAAGGGGCGCUGAACUGGUACCGUGCGCAGACGGCGUCGACCAAGCAGUCGGCGCGAGACGUACUUCUGUUCUCGGGGCGCACAAUCGAGGUCCCGUGCCUUUUUAUUAGUGGGAAACAGGACUGGGGUAAUUACCAGCAGCCGGGUGCGCUUGAGGGGUAUAAGGACCCAAAGACUGUUAGGGAGUACUGUUAUUGGGGUGAAAACCUUGUGGAUGGUGCUGGGCAUUGGGUACAACAGGAACAGCCUGAGACUGUGAUUAAGGAGAUUCUAGCAUUCUUUAUGAGAGUACGAUGCCGCCUACCACAAUUUUGGUAGCAGUCAGCACCUAAAUCUAUUCGAAGAAGGUGCCC